AUGGAUGAUCGUGUUUUUUCUUCGCAAUCAAGCCCGAAGGUGCCAGGUUUCAAUUGUACCAAUGUGGAUCAAACUAAACGUAGAGAUAAUCAACAGGAGGCAAUUAAUAGAGCUGUUAUGUCAAAAAUGUUGAAAGUGUUGUUUGUGCCUAAUCCUACAAAAAUGCCAAUCCAAAAGAUUGUGGAUUUUUUCUUGAAGGAGGUGGUCAGGUACGAGAAUGAGAAGGAUCCAAAUGCAAUUUCAUGGUGUAAAGCAAUAGGCUCCAUGGGUGAAACCAUAAGUUUCAAGGAUGGCAGAAUAAAGUGGGGAAGUCUCCCUAUCGAUUCGCUUUUGAAUAAGGAGUGCACUUCAAUUAAGGAUUCAGAACCAAAUAUGCAGGAUGUACAUUCAAAUCGGAAGAGAGAGGCUUCUCGAUCUGAGGAAACCACUGUCAAGCAACCUAGAUGUGAAAAUGUUGAUGAGCAAGCCACGCCAACGGAGAAUGUUGAAGGUGACAACGUUGAUGAAAUGAAUGGGUAG